GGCAGUCCCUCAGAAGGACCCCGACGAGGAGAAUGAGCCAUCAUGGCGGAUUACGGUCAAUCCAUCAGCUGAACUAUUUGGUUCGCAACGCCUUCGGCAGCUGAUCGAUCGACUUUAUCAUCAGCAAAAACUUCUUACUGCAAAUGAUGCAAAACAGGUACAGUCAAUCGAUUAUUGA